AUGGACGUCUUACGAAGUCGCUAUUGUAGUCCGGAUAAAAGCCCCAAAGAUUGUGUGGAGACGCUUCGAUGCUAUCAAAUAAAUUCAGGAACAUCCCAGUUCCAGCAUGUUGGGAAAGUUUCGUCAUUGACCGGCAAAACACAAGAGAUUCAUGACCAUACAUUUGGUACGGGCAAAACA